ACCAGGCACACAAGGCUCCACCAUGGCUCAGGACUACAUGUGGUACCAGGGCAUUCCUUUCCCUUCCAAGUUGUACACCCCUGAAUCCAUAAAAGCAGUCCACGAGCAGUUUUUGCUGAAGGACGAGGACAUCAUCAUAGUGACCUACCCCAAAUCAGGAACCAACUGGGUGAUUGAGAUCCUGUGUCUCAUUCACAGCAAUGGGGAUCCCGAGUGGAUCCGCUCUGUGCCUAUCUGGGAUCGCUCCCCAUGGAUCGAGAUUAAACAUGGAUUCCAAACCAUAAAAGAAAGGAAGGAGGGUCCCCCACUGAUCACCUCCCACCUCCCCAUCCAACUCUUCCCCAAGUCUUUCUUCACCUCCAAGGCCAAGGUGAUCUAUGUCAUCAGAAAUCCGAAGGAUGUCCUUGUGUCUGGCUAUUAUUUCUUGGCUCAAGCAACGUUUUUGAAGAAUCCACAGUCUCUGCAACAGUAUUAUGAGUGGUUCAUUGAAGGCAGCGUGCCGUGCGGGUCAUGGUUUGCACAUGUCCAGGGCUGGAUGUCCAUGAGGGAGAGGGAGAAUGUGCUGGUGCUCAGUUACGAGGAGCUGAAGAAGGACACGAGGAGCACUGUGGAGAAGAUCUGUCAGUUCCUGGGGAAGAAGUUGAACCCCGAAGAGCUGGAGUUGGUCUUGGAGAACAGCUCCUUCCAGGCCAUGAAGAAAAACACAAUGUCCAAUUACAGCCUGCUGAAAGGGGAUUACUUUUCUCCUGGAUGCUUAAUUACCAGGAAAGGCAUAACAGGGGACUGGAAGAACCACUUCACCGUAGCCCAGGCUGAAGCCUUUGAGAAAAUAUUCCAGGAGAAGAUGGCCGGACUUCCUACAGAGCUGUUCCUAUGGGACUAAGUCCAGACUUCUGCCUGUGUCUGUGGAGACGAAGAUUUGUGUCUCCCUGGGGUCAGGGCACAGAGCUGUCACUUGAUUCUGAUGGUUAGAAUGUUCACGCUGUACAUUUGA